UCGUUAAUUAUUUAAAGCCACAUUCGAGAUAAACUCGACUUAGUCUGUUUUUCGAUUCACGAUGGCAUGACAGAAAAAUUUACGCUCACGACGUGUGAAAACGCGACAAGUUUUUACAAUAAUAAAAGAAAGAUUAAUUGUAUAUAGAUAAUAAAAAAGAAAGUUAAUUAUAUAUUAAAAGACAACCGAAAUUAAGAAGAUUUGUUUGUUCAGAGAACAUCAGUUUUCUAGACAGCCUUCAUAUCUCAGCAUGGUCCAUCUGUUAAACGAUGCCCUGUUAAUUAAUUGAAAUCAUUUGUGAAUCAGACAGUAAAAUCUAUUUAAAAAGGCGACGAUGUGUUGGAAAAUUCUCACGUUUUGCAUGUUUCUACUCAUCGUUUCAUCUUUAGCUUUGCAACCAAGUUCUACGAAUGACGAUAACAAAGAUAAUUUGACAGUGCGCGAGUUUGACGAGGACACCAAGAGAAACUAUGACAAAAAAGCAGAAUUGCGUAAAAAUUAUACAAAUGACAACGAAGAUAAUUACGUGCAAGUAAAAAUAAAAAUUAUAAAAUCACAAUUGUUAAAUCACAUUAUUCCACACGAGAUUUGUGAUAAUAUUACUUAUAUUCACAUACUUUGUUGUCCUUUUAAUAAUUGCUUGGUUCAUAAGAAUUGCAUUGCUGAAGAAAAUGAAUUUGUUUUCUCGAAUGUAUAUAACUAUUCGAACGAUUCGAUGCAGAAUGAAAAUAAGAAAGUAGACGAAUUUUGUCCAAUGAUUGUUGAAAAUCCGCGCCAACGUAACAUUUAUUCCCAUAAUGGAACUAUUUAUCCUUAUUUUGAAUUUAUUCAAUUAACAAUCUAUUGUCUGAUGGAUGAUGAUCAGUUUAAUGCGUCUAUCUGCUUGAAGGCUAUGAAUGAAACCUUUUCUGAAGAAAUGGAUAAGAUCGGAAAAGAUCUCGCUAAUGAGUUCUUGUCAAUUGAUUUAACCAUAUUAUUCUAUAGCAAUAUAGUGUCUAUGCUGUGUUUGUUUUUAAUAUUCUUGGUGUACUCCAUACUGCCAGAGCUUUGUAACAUACAUAGUUUCAUGUUGCGCAGAGUUAUCAGUUUGGCGUUUAUCGCUCACACGAUCGUACUUAUUGAUUAUCUAUUCAACGUAAAAGAUCUGACGUAUUCCAUCUGCCUUAUAAGCGCUCUAAUCAAGUAUUUCUGCAAUUUGACAAGCGAUUUUUGGUUAAGUGUAAUGAGUUGCGAUAUGUGGUGGACAUUUAGAGAUCUUUGGUCGUUACAAAAAAAAGGAAAAAAACAACAAGAGAGAAAAAAGUUCAUAUAUUCCACCAUUGCUUGGGGAGGUCCCUUCAUUCUUACUAUCAUCUGUAUCAUGAUGGACUUCGUUCCCGGAGUGCCGAAAAACUUGAUCCAACCAGAAUUUGGCAUCAAUAAAUGUUGGUUUCAUACGAAUGAGGCAUAUUGGUUGUAUUUUCUUGGGCCUCAAGGUAUCAGCGUCAUUAGUAGCACUUGCUUAUCCAUCUAUACAGCAUUGAAGAUCAUGCGCUACGAGAAAGACACAACCCAUCAUAUGGAAAAUUCAGAAAGGCAAUCUUUUAACAACAACAGGCAAUGGUUCAAUCUAUAUCUAAAACUGUUUAUCGUGGUAUUUAUUAUGACAGCCAUAAAGUGGAUUUUAAUAAUAAUAUGGGAAUUUUGGCUGAUUAAUAAUGUUACAAAGCGGUACAUCCAUCAUAUUAUUUUUUUGAUGGUUCCCGUCCAGUAUAUCGUUACUUUCAUCAUAUUUGUGUGCAAGAAGAAAAUAAUGCAAUUGCUAUUAAAGCAUUUCGGUCAGAAUCACGGAUCUAUUCUCAAAUGUUCGAGAUAAAGCCGAUGUUACAAACUUCAACAACUGCGCCACCAUCAGAAAUAAUUUUUCUAUGGAAGAAUAUUAAUCUCUUUUUGUGUUGAGGAAGGAAAAUCUUCUCAAAAAGAUAUUGAGAAGUUCGUACUCAUCGGCAAUACCAGACAUUUAUCAACUAAUACUUCCCUCUUCCUUCCCUUUCCUUAUUAAUGCGAUAUGAAAAAACCUGGGGAUCGGAAAUAGCACUAUUUUCAGGUAUGAAAGAAUAUUAAUUACGAACCUUCACGCAAAGAGUUUGUCUGAUGGGACUAAUAUUAUAUAAUGUAUUCUUGCCAAAUUUAUUCAACUUUGUCCAAGAUACUCAGUAUAUCUAAUUUGAUGCGUAUAACGCAAUGCAUAUGUAUUAUACAUUUCAUAUAUCUCGCAUCCUUUUCUCUUAUUCUUAAUCUGAAAAUAACUUAACAAGAUUUAAUCUUAAUCUGAAAUACGAUGUCGGUUACAUUACAGUAUAAACAAUUUUAAAAUUAAUUUAUAACAAAUUUAACAACAAAACUAUUUUUUUCUUUUUCUUUCACUUGCUAUCUUUUUAUUCAACAUUCAAUUAAUUCAUAUACCACAAAUGUGACGAUAAAUAUAUUUUCAUGAUUGCUUUUUUCAAUACAGUGAUACAACAUUUUACUCAAAGUAAGAAAACGGGGAAGGACUUUUAUUAUUUUCAUCGGUAUCCAUAAAUAACAUCUCAAUUACAUAUCAGAUUUGAUGCAUGAGAGAAAUUAUUUUUAUUAUUAUCUGCGUUUGUAUCUACACCCAAAAAAUACAUACUAUAUUUAAAUAACUAAUAUUUGUUUAAAAUAUUUUAUAAGUUUAUAUAUCCGCAAAUGUGUCUUUUUCUCUCGCAAAUUUAUAACAGCAUAUAUAAGAUAUUUUUACUUAAAAUAUUUUCUGGAUUCUAGUAAUUCGAUUUGCUUGCUAUACAGAAUUGUCAAAAAAUAUCUACACAUUUACAAAUAGAAAUAUUUCUUUUUUUUUGAUAAGAGCUUUUACACUAUUUGCAACAAUUUUUACUUUCACUUUCCUAAAAUUAUUAUUUACUUCUAAAAGGAGAUGUUUUUAAUAUCAAAAUAUUUAUUUUUCUAUGUG